AUGGAAGAAAUAGUUCAGCAACAACAGCUAGAAGAGCCUGAAGGAAACGAACAAGUCCCUCCUUUGGAAACUAACUUCACAGAACUAGAUGAAGAUUUGGAACAGCCGAAAAAUCUUGACCCUCAACAAGAGUAUGCGGAGAAUAUGGAAUAUUUCCAAGAGUCUAAAAAAAAUUCGGCUGACAUAGUAGAAGAAUAUCGAAAAAUGUUUGCCGACAUACAAAAGACUCCAACACCAGAUGAAAAUAUUCAGCAUAGAAUGGAAGUACUGAAAGAAAAUGUACACAAAUACAACAACCCUUUUUACUUACGAGCAUUUAACGUUCAAUCUUCGGAUGAACUCGGUGAAGAUAAAAGGUUAAAUUUCAAGAAAACAUAUAGAAAUGAAACAUUGUUUAAAGUUCAUUCAGAACCUAACCAAGAUGGAAACAAACCUACUUUUGUUUCUGCAGACGAUGGAACUACAAUGAGAUGGGGUCAUAAAGCUAACCCAGAUAGGUGGUUCAUAAACUUACAACCACAAUUCCAAGAAGUUGUAGACGCAAUGGAAGUCAAUGGUGAACCAGAUAUAGCUGGUAUUUUCAGCGCGGCUUUAAUGCCAUUGAAAGAUAUGAAAGAUGCAGAUAUUUUGGACCAGUAUGAAAUGAACAUGGCUGAUGGAAAUAUAACACCUGA